AGGUUGGCAACUGCUAAGACGUAUCUCAAGACGUACAAAACUGUGGAUGCUGCUCUAGACGCUUUUUAUGAUCGACAAUCUUCUCAAACAGCUGGAUCUUCUACAAAAGCCCAAGAAAAGAAAUUAGGAGAGAUAUGGGAAAAGUUCAAAACCCCCGGCGAGAAGAUCGUCACUAUAGAUGGUACUAUGCAACUUUGUGAAGAGUUGGAGAUCGAUCCUGCCUCCGAUGCAGUGUUAUUUUGUCUAGCGUACGAUUUAGGAUCGAAAACGACUGGGGAAUGGGAGAAAGAACCUUGGGUAGCAGGGUGGAUGGGUAUGUCUGGGAAUAUCGAUUCCAUUGAGGGUAUGAAAUCUCAUCUUCCUAUCCUGCGUCAACAACUACUUCAAGAUCCUCUUUACUUCAAAAAAGUAUAUAUGCAUACAUUCGACCUUGCCAAAGCUCCCGGAGCUCGAACUUUGGUUCUUGACACUGCCAUCGACCUAUGGACUUUAUUCAUCCUUCCUGCACUCGAAUCUAUCCCUUCUGCUCUGGCCAGACAACCCAACGGAGCUGACGGAAUCGACGGAAAUAUCGACAAUCCUCCAGAAUUUGGGAAAGAAGAAUUCGAACUUUGGUUAGAUUUCCAACGAGAGAGAGGGAAAGCAGUAUCGAAAGAUACUUGGAGUUUAUUCGUUGAUUUUAUAAGAACUAUUGAUAAAGAUUUCAAGACUUAUGAUGAUCAAGCUGCUUGGCCUUCAACCAUUGACGAUUUUGUUGAUUAUGUCAGAAAGAAGAAAAGUCUGUGA